UUUUAGCUGGGAUACGAAAAUGGGCAUGCUAAUUGUUAGCCUCGUGAAAGAGUGUGAAAUUAUACACUUUAAUUGUGUUUUCUGAUCUUGAAGGAGCUAGUUAAGGGUUCAACCAAAAACGUUAAGAAAGCAGUUGAAGUAUUCAGACACAACACAGAAGUUGUUGGGAUUGUCCACCCCUAACACAGUGAUGACCUCACAGCAGCAUUCCCUCCCCAAUGCAAAUGUCAACCCUCCCCUCCUCAUCCCCCAGAACUCAUUAGCUCACCCGGGUAGGCCUCACAUUCAUCCAAACCAGCUGGACUCUACUCAGAGUAGUGCUGCGGGGCACCCUCCCUCCCACACGGGUCUGAUGGGCGGUGUGGGGUCCUCGUCGGUGGGGACCUCCAGCGGAGUUGCAGUGAAUAGGGGCACGUUGGCCUCCUGCACUAACUCUGCCUCCUCAAGGACGCCCUCGUCGGGACGCUUUGAACCCUGGCCCGAGGAGGCCGUAGACAAUGCUUACGGCUUGUACUCACUGCACCGCAUGUUCGACAUAGUGGGAGCCCAGCUCACGCACCGCGAUGUGCGAGUGCUCUCGUUCCUGUUCGUGGAUGUCAUUGACGAGUAUGAGCGCGGUGGCAUCAGGAGUGGCCGGGACUUCCUGCUGGCUCUGGAGCGCCAGGGGCGAUGUGAUGAGACCAACUUCAGACACGUCCUGCAGCUGCUUCGCAUCAUCACACGGCACGACCUGCUGCCCUACGUCACACUCAGGAAGAGACAGACCGUGUGCCCAGACCCAGUGGAUAAGUACCUGGAAGAGACGUCGGUGCGUUAUGUGUCCCCCAGAAGAGGAGGAGAGAGCAGGGAGGCUGCACCCCACAGAAGGACAGGUCCCCAGCCAGUGAUCUGCUGUUCUCCAUCGGGGACCCAGGUGGGCCCUUCCCGCACCAAGCCAGGCCCCCCAUUACCCAGCCGCAAAAGAAAGAGGGCCUACGCCACAGGUGACUGCAGGGAAAAGCAAACCUGUGACAUCCGCCUACGAGUGCGUGCUGAGUACUGCCAGCAUGAAUCAGCGCUUCUGGGAAACGUUUUCUCCAACAAGCAGGAGGCUCUGGAGAGGCAGUUUGAGAGGUUCAACCAGGCAAACACUAUCCUCAAGUCCCGGGACCUGGGCUCCAUCAUCUGCGACAUCAAGUUCUCGGAGCUCACCUACCUAGAUGCUUUUUGGCGGGACUACAUCAACGGCUCCCUGCUGGAGGCCCUGAAGGGUGUCUUCAUCACAGACUCACUCAAACAGGCAGUGGGCCACGAGGCCAUCAAACUCCUGGUCAAUGUGGAUGAGGAGGACUAUCAGGCUGGCCGCCGCAAACUGCUCCGGAAUCUGGUCACAGGAGUGGGGGCAGGGUCUGCAGCUGAAACCGCAGCCGCACUUGGAGGGAGCAGAGGGACUCCAUCCUAGAAACGCAUGCGUCUGCUGCUUUUAGCAGAGGGGGAACCCGUGUCCCGAAUAAGAGAACUUGACUUCAUGGUGAGGAUAGGAGCAAGAAAAGUGAAGAGGCUGUUCUGUUUCAGGACGAAGUGUGAGGGAGAAUGCUGGGUGCCCUGCCCUUUCAUCUAUGAAGGAAAUGUGAAAUAAAAGUGAUCCAAAGCAAGUGAGUCAGGAGAUGUGGAACACAGAUUGAAGAGAAGAGCUUUGAAAGUUGAAGUUCUUUCCACUGGAGGGACAAUGCUAAUAUUUUCUAUUGUAACUUGUGAGUUGGCUAUAAAAUCAGAUUUUACAUUUUCUUUUGGUUUCACACAUCUCUUUCCCAAAAAGUGUUCAUGAAAUGUCCCCUUGUAGACUAUUUCUUCACAUGGCUAUAAGCAGGCAAGUCACUGUUGGGACAUUUUGCAUUUUGUUUAUUGCCAGGCUAGGACAGAAUCCUUGUAAGCCAGAGACAUUACCAUCAUACAAUUAUUUGGUAGUAAAUAAGUCUGAAAUUUUCUCAAACUGCUGGUACCUUGCUGUCAAAUGAACAAAUAUUGUGAACCAAAUCAACAAGAAUGAUUCACAAUAUUUGUUCAUUUGACAACAAGGUACCAGCAUUUUGAGAAGGGGAAAAAAUAUUAACUUUACUGAGAAGUGCUUGAAAAUUGUUGCAUCACAAAUAUACAUUCAACAAAAUAUAGAAUGCAGUAUAUAUAAAUAUUUUUUUUAAGCGGUAGGUCAUGUUGAAGUCAUUUUGCUCCCUAAAAUACUGUAUCUGGGGCAAUUCCACAGUAGCAGUAACACUGAGACGCCGAUGUUUCACUUUAAAAUGUAUGCCAAACAAAAACCUAUCAUUACAAAGUUAAACAAAGCAUAAAACUCUAUGCACAAGAACUUGUUUUAAAAAUUUCCGCAGAACAUUGCAUGUGUAAAGCUUGGUAACCGAAUUACAGCACAAAUUGUCAUUCUGUUACCAAACUUUGCAUCGCACUGUUCUGUGUUUUUGUAACAUUUUCAGUUGGAAUUGUAAAAAUAGGCAUAGAGUUGUAAGGUUUGAUUAAUUUUGCAAUCAUUGGUUUUUGUUUAACGUACAUUUAAAAAAAGUCUCAGUAGCUAUGUUUCCAUCAACUUGUCAAGUGAAUUAUAUAUAUUUUUUCUGUCGACAUUUACAAAGUUUGCAUUGAAAAUGGUUGCGACAAUUGCCUGCUAUGGUGCGUUUCCAUUUAACUGUUGUGUGUAUUAAAAAAAACAGCUGGGCAUAAUGACGGCACUUAAAAAAAAAAUGAAAGUGUUGAAUAAAAAUGAAUUGGUUGAAGUGUUUCCAUUAUACAUUUAGGCAAAUUGCGCGUGACUAAAUUGGCGACAGCCUGUAUGCCCUCCCACCAAUCUGUUUCAUGUCUCAGGUAGACCAAGUUAUCUGGAUAGAAUGCCGUAGUCUUUUUAAAAUAUUUAUAUAUUUUUUGGGGGGAGGGUACAUUUUACCCCUUCAUAAUAUCCAAUUGGUAGUCAGUCACCGUGCAAGCGCCUGGCCCGACACAAGGAGUCGCUAGAGCGUGAUGGGACAAGGAUAUCCCGCCGGCCUAACCUGGACGAUGCUGGACCAAUUGUGUGCCGCCUCAUGGGUCUCCCGGUCGCCUGCGACACAGCCUGGGAUCGAACCCAGGUCUGUAGUAAUGCCUUUAGCGCUGCAGUGCUUUAGACCGCUGUGCCAAUCGGGAUGUCUUAUUUGCCAUAUUCUAAUCAUAAUCGUGCCAAUGUAGCGCCACGGUCCGUGCCAUGGUGACUCCUGUAGAUCUGUAAUAAUUGGAUGGUGAAACUUGCAUCCAGCUAACCAGAAAAGCAGGGCGAAGCAAUUCAGGGAAUUUUGAAAGUCAAAACAAUCCAUGUUCUGUAAAGGAAACAUUUUUUAAAUUGAAAAAUAGAUUUAGCAAGCAGUAGGCAUUUACAAUGAAAUGUGGAGUGGAGCUUUUAUAGUUACGUGUAUAACAUGCCCGCAUACAUUAAUUAUUUGCCAAUCAUAAUUCAUUUGAAAAAGUUUCCAUAAUUUGUUGCAAUAAAUAAAGUUGGACGAUAGAAAAAUCCACCCAUGUCGAACGGAUAAUAAUUCUCAUAUCUGCCGUUUCCAUUACACGUGGCACAUUCUUUUGAUGUGACAUUGCUUGGUCAAUGGAAACCUGCCUCGUGUCCCUUACCGUACUGUGGAAUUGCCCGUCUACUCUCCCGUAUAUAAAAAAAAAUGUUAAAUUGUAUUCACCCAUGGCUCAGAUUUCUUACUGAUUUUGAAUGUCAAAAUUUGCAUUUAAUUUGAAAAAAUGCUACAUUUAUUCUUUAAGCAAUUGUUUUGUUAUCGUUAUAUUUGUGAGAAGUACAACCUCUCUGUCUCUUCUAAAUCCACAUGAAAUCAAUCAUCCGUUUACUAUACCUUUUUUGAUGUCAAUGUAAAUUAUCAUGAAUAUUCGCCUCUAAUAGAGAAGCAGGUUGGCAUUUAUUGUCAUGAGUCUUUCACCAGGAGACAGCGAUUCUGCAGAGGUCACUAUCUGGCACAGCCACAAAGUCAUAAGAUCUGAUUUUAAACCUAACCUUAACCACACUGGUAACCCUAAUGCCUAACCUUAAAUUAAGCCCUAAAAGCAAAUAUUUGUUUUCAUGAAUUUUUCAAUAUAGCCAAUUUUGACUUCGCAGUUGGCCCAUCUAGUGGAAUUUACUCUGACAUUAUUUACAUUGACCAAUCAGGAUUAGACAUGAUGUUAUUUUGGAAUUUGAAAUGGAAAAAAUACUAAUAGUGCAUAAAUCAAACUUUCAGAAAAAGAAAGACAAACGUUUUGAGUUGAUCAAUAUUGAUUCAGUACUAUCUUUGAUCUGCUUUCCAAGUCAUCUCAAAUUUUACUACAAUUGCUAAUUUUGUUUCGUGCAAAUGUUCAAGACCAAAAUCAUUUGAUUUAUUUUGGACCAAAUUUUCAGGGCAUGUCUGCGUUAAGGAUUCUAUUAUGUUUGGCUGGCAUAGAUUCAUCUUUGUCCACAGUUCAAUAGCCUACAAAUAGACACAAUUUAGCAUGGUUAAGUGCUACCCCAGUUAAGAGCCUCCGAUACUUACUUUAGGAAGUUAACAUUGAGCAAAGACUGCCAUUUGAAUAUUUAAUACAGUUCCCCUCAUUUUGUAAUUUGUUGGUAAAUUAAUGUUAUAGCCUACAAGAUGAGCAUUUUUCGCACUUUUGCAGAGCAGCAAAAUUACAUUUUUUAUGGAAGAUGAAAGUGCUUUCAAAAAUCACUCUUGAUUUUAACUCUAGUUAUUAAAAUGAUCAGUGACAUUCCCCUUUACAUGGUCAUUUAAUAAAAUAGCUAGUCCUAAUUAGUGCUAAAAUCUUAUCUUGGUACAUAAAAGGUUCUGUCUGGUAGUUUGAAGUAAGAACAUUAGAAAUUAGGAUUGUUUAGCAAUUUGAGUAUCAGUUUUAGUAUCAGUUUAGUAUCAGUUUUACUGCUACCUUUUCUUGCUAACCCAAUUAUCUUUAGAUAGAUAGUUGUAUAAAAAAGUCCCCUCGGCCAACUGAAGUUAUUGAGGAGUUUCCCAUACAAACCCUUGGGCACAUGUCAGAAAAGGACACACCACACUUUAAAGCCACUGUUACGAUGGGAUAUGUUUUUCUAAUGGAAUAUAGCAAAGUUGCAAACUGGUAUCUAUUGUACACAGUGUACAAAAAAUUAGGAACACCUUUCUUAAAUUGAGUUGCACCCCCUUUUGCUCUCAGAAGAGUCACAAUUCGUCGGGCAUGGACUCUACAAGGUGUCAAGUAUUCCACAGGAAUACUGGCCCAUGUUGACCCCAAUGCUUCCCACAGUUGUGUCAAAUUGGCUAGAUGUCCUUUGGGUGGUGGACCAUUGUUGAUACAUGGAAAACUGUUGUGUGAAAAACCAGCAGCAUUGCAGUUAUUGGCACCUACUGCCAUACCUCAUUCAAAGACACUUAAAUAUUUUGUCUUGCCCAUUCACACUCUGAAUGACACAUACACAAUCUAUGUCUCAAUUAUUUCAAGGCUUAAAAAUCCUUCUUUACUCCAUCUCCUCCCCUUCGUCUACACUGAUAGAAGUGGAUUUAACAGGUGGGAUCAUAGUUUUCACCGGUAUUCACCUGGUCAGUAUGUCAUGGAUGGAGCAGGUGUUCCUAAUUUUUUGUGCACUCAGUAUAUAGGUUCUAUAUAAGUUUAAAAAAAAUCUGACUUAAGAUAGAUUGCAUGUCUGAUCAUGAUCCCCAGAAACUUGAGACAACUUUUGUAACCUGUAGAUAAUUCAUUAGGUUAUAUUUAAUUUGCUUUGCAAUUUUUUUACUGCAUUUUUCUUGCGUAGUGCAAGCAAAUGGGACUGUUCAUAAAUUGGAGAGAUGUGUAUUGUCAAUACCAUACAGCUGAUGGGCACUUUAUUUUUUUAACUGUUUAAAAUAUUUAACUGUACCACACAAACAUUAGUCAAAUCCACCACUCAGAAAUCUAGGACAUAAAAGCAAAAAAUUCAUCACAUUGUUGUCGACCAUUUUAUUUCGUAAUUAUUUUGUGUUGACCAAGAAAGAGAUUGUGGUAUUAUGUGAAUAUGAACAUGGUUAUAGGUGAUGGGUACAUUUUAAUGUCUGUAAAAAAAAUAAAGUUCUUUAAAAAUCUAUAAAAA